AUGGCUGAGGAGGGCAUUCCGACCAUCCCAAAGGCCACGGACUCGACUGACAAUGCUACCAAGGCGCCAGAGCCCACCACCAAACAGCCAGAACCAACACAAGCUGCCCAAGGGACCCAUGAGCCAUCGAAUGCGGGUGAAAAUAUUCCUGGUUGCGACAACAAUGAUACCCCCGCUGAUACCCUGCCUGAGAAGACAGCUUCUACGUCUUUAACCCCUGCCAAAGAAUCGAAGCUAGGAGCGCCAGAGGGAGAAGGGAAUAACAGUGAUGCGGCUGAGGGUGGUGAGACCGGCGCUGCAGACGAGUAUGCAGCUGCCAAUGGGACUGCCUCAUCCACCCGGAAGUCAUCAAUUUCAAAACGCAGAUCAUCGGGGAUUCCUGAGCAUCGAUCCAAGAAGCUAAAUAAAAAGAAAUCGGUGGCUCGCAUUACCCAUCUCGAUGCCCAGCCUGGACAGUACUAUUUCGCCCACUUGCGAAGCUACGCGCCGUGGCCCUCAAUUGUUUGUGAUGAAGAAAUGCUCCCUCAGAGCUUACUUGUCACGCGCCCUCAUUCAGCCAAGCAGAAGGAUGGCACAUACACCGAACCCUUCCAAGAUGGGGGGAAGAAAGUUAAUGAGCGGACGUUCCCGGUCAUGUUCCUACAUACUAAUGAAUUUGCAUGGAUCCCAAACACCGACCUUACUCCGCUUAGGCCAGAGGAGUGCAAAGAACCCCCAGAAAAAGGUAAAGCCAAAAAGCUUCUUGCCGCCUAUCAAGUAGCGGCUGAGGGCCACGAUCUUGCUUAUUUCAAGGAGAUUUUGGCAGACCACCAACGUGCCUUGCAACAGGAUGCAGAAAUUCGCAGUGCUGCAAAGGCAAAGCCAGGCAGGAAAAAGCGGAAGAGCGUGGAAGUUUUGGAUGAACCCGAGGAUGACGACCAGGAAAUGAUGGAUGUCGACAUCGAGAAGUCUAAGAGCACCAAAAAACGCAAGAAGGACAUCGAAAGCGAAAUUGAGAGUGAUAAGCCUGCCAAAACCCCAAAGAAAGCGACCAAGCUCAAGUUAUCCACUCCAAAGGCGCCCGGUACUGGUGACACAGGAAAGAAAGACCCAGCUUCUGCCAGAUCUGCCAAAGGGAAGGGUGUUGGUGCACAGGGAGGAAAGCCAACCGUUGCGCCUGUUAGUGACCAGGACGAGCCCGCUGGGGUCGAAAAAACUCCGGAACCCAAGAUGAACCCAGCAGAGAGCAAAGCAAAACGAGAAAAAGAAGUAUUUUAUCUUCGCCAUCGACUCCAAAGAGGCUUCCUAUCACGCGAUCAAGCCCCCAAAGAGGAGGAAAUGUCAGCCAUGUCGGGAUACCUGGAGAGGUUGGAUUCCCAUAAGGAUCUUGAGAUAAGCAUCAUCCGCAAUACCAAAAUUAGCAAGGUUCUCAAGGGUAUCAUUAAGCUAGCGGACAUUCCAAAGGAGUCCGAAUAUAAUUUCCGUGGCCGCUCGAUUCAGAUCUUGAAAAGGUGGAAGCAUUGGGAUGCAUCUGCUGACCGGGAAACCGAACGGCUUUCGACUGAAAAGGCUCCGAAAACAACCACAAACGGCUUGUCUACCGAAGCUGACAGCAAGACUGUUGAAGCUGCUCCCGACACCGAUGAACAUAUGCCGGAUGCCGACGCCGGGGAAUCUGAAAAGGAGAGCGAGAAAGAGUCCACUCCACCGGCUCAAGUGGGAAAGGAAGCCGAAAAGGAAGCUGGCCCUGUUGCCGCCUGA